UUGUGUUUUUAGAGAAUGGCGCAUUUACAAAAUCAUCAAUACGGGGCACCACCCACCGCCGCCUGCGGCAACCCGACUCAGGGAACUGACGAGAACAGCAACCCCUUGGUUCCCCAAGUGGACAAGUAUGGAAACCCACUUGGUCAUCACGGUGCUACUACUGGCAUCGCUCCUGCUGCCACCGGAGAAUACGGUGCUCAUCACACGGCCGUUGUGACCACUGGCUAUGCUGCCACCACGGCAGGUGGUCACGGCACACUUGGUCACGAUUACGGCAGGAAAGAGCACCAUGGUGUCACUGGCAUGCUUCAUCGCUCCGCCAGCUCAAGCUCUAGCUCUUCAGAGGAUGAUGGGCUAGGUGGGAGUAGGAAGAAAAAGGGGCUGAAACAGAAGAUAAAUGAGAAGCUCCCAGGCUCAACCACAACUGACACAGCAUACGGCACCGCCGACCCAGGAGGUCACCACCAGGAAAAAGGGAUGAUGGACAAGAUCGAGGACAAGCUGCCGAGUACUGGCCACAAGGAUGAUCCCCGGUACUCACAUACUACGACGUCGACCACCACACCCUCCGGCGGCGGCACCGCUUACACGGAGGAGCACCACGAAAAGAAAGGGAUCAUGGACAAGAUCAUAGAGAAGCUUCGCGGCGGACACCACAAGAUAUAAAUACAGUGGUUUGUUACUAUUAUAUCGGUCAUAUAAUAAGCUACUGGUGCCUCUGGUGUGAGCUGAGUUGUUUGUGUGGCUAAUGCACAGAGAGCACUACGCAAUGUC